AUGUCUAGUUCGUCAAGGAAGCAUGUACCAUCAAAACAAAAUAAUGUUACAGUUGUUGAUGAUGAUAAUAAUCAUAAAGUUGUAUUAAGUGAAGUAAAUAAUCAUCCAACAAAAAAGAAGAAGAAAAAAAGACGACGUAAUUCUUCAACAACAAUAGAUCAUACAGUUCCAUUAGUUAAUAAUAAUAUUGAAAUAAAUAUUCAAACUUCAUUAACUGAAAAUUGUAUUAUAUAUAGAAGUAAAUGUCCAUGUGAUAAACAUUAUAAUAAACAAUUAAUUGAACAUAAAUAUGAUUUACCAGUUGAUAAAUUAUUUGAUUUAAUAUUUGGUUCAAAUGAAUUUGUUCGAACAUAUCGACAAGCUCAACAUCUCUUUGAUCAAACAGAAACUGAUUGGAUAAUAAAUGAAGAAACAAAUCUUCGUGAACGAAUACUUAAUUAUAAAGUACCAUUUGAAACUAGAUUAUUGGGUAAAAGUACAAUUGUUACACGUGAAAAACAAAUACGUUCUUGUGAAGUACCUGGUUCUCAUUAUGUCAUUGAAACCGAAGUAUAUAAUGACGGUGUCAGAUUUAGUGAUACAUUUGCUCUUAUUAUACGUUUUUGUCUUGUUCAAAUAUCGUCAACAACAUCAAAUCUACUUGUGACUGCUCGAAUUCAAUAUAUUAAAUCUGUUAAUGCAUUUAUAAAACAAUUUAUUGAACGAAAUUCUUAUGCAGCAUCACAAGACGGUUUAAAAGAUUUAAGUAAGAAAAUAGAUUUAUUCGAUCGAUGA